AUGGAUAAAACGAAUCAAAUAAGAAAACAAAAAAAAAAACGGAAAAACCCCUUGGGUGUAGAAAAUGAAAGAAUGAGCGAAAUGAUAAGUAAGUCAAAUGAGGGGACAAACUGCUUUAGCAAAAACAUGCAGGCGUAUAUGAAGGAAGGAGAUAUACACCAGACGGAUAAAACGAAAGAACCUAUCUCGGAAGGGACAGAUAGAAGUGAACAAGUAAUGAAUAGUCACAGGUUCCCCUUGCACAGUGACGUAUCAACACCAAAGAGUGAAUUUUACGAAAUGGAAUUACAAAACAGAACCUAUGAAAACAAUCGAAAUGCAUACCACUUGUUGUCUACACCAUUUAGUAGUGAAAUUGAAAAAAAAGGGACAAAGAACACACUUCUUCAGAGUGUGGGAUCCUUAAAAGGAACUGUACUGAACAAUAUGAAUGGAGACACACUGAGCAGCUACACCAUCUACCAAGGGGGGGGAGAAGAAAACGCCUUAAAGAAUUCUACUGGAAUUAGCGAAAAUAAUUCCAUUUCGAAUUGUAGUUUCCACGGUGGGAUCAUUUCGAAUGAUUUGCUAAAUGGGGAGUUCCUCAAACAGGGGGAAAUCCCAAAUCGUCAUGACGAUGGUAGAAUUGGUGGAUACCAGAAUGGCCUCGCCGGAUCCAAUCUUAGUUACUAUCACGUCAAGAAGGGUCAGCUAAGUUCUAUGCAUCCCCAGUUUUACAGCAAUGUGAAGAGAUCCCUUGUGUGUACACACACCCAGGGGGGAGAUAAAUCGCAGCGAAAUGGCGAUGCUGCACAGAAUUCUGAACCCGUCAAUAAAGAACAACUAGCCAAACAGAUAAGUAGAAAUCUGGUAGAUGCAAAAAAUGGGUUCAAUACAAGUAAUUUAGUUACACAACAAGGGAAAAACAACACAAAUCAAAGUAAUAACAACAUGUGUAAUCAAGAAUGGCACGUAACAAAUGGCAACUCCUUCAUCAAGAGGAGUGACGUGAAUGACUACCAACGUCUGCGCGGAGCUCAGUGCAGCACCACCAUGAAUUAUACCAUCGGUGCCAAUAAUGUUUUUAAUCAGAACCCAAGAAAUGCAUCCCCACAGGGUGUGAACUUCUACAUCAGUAACACCCACGGGCGUAGCGUGACGCCAGGGGGAUAUUCACCAUGGAGAAAUUCACCAAGGAGUGAUUCACCAGGCAGUGACUCACCAGUGAGAAGCGCCCCUCUGCUGAAAAAUGCCACCACGUAUAGCCUCCCUAGGGGGAAUUAUCACCUGUACAGGGAGCUGAGCAGCCCCAACUGCAGCCGGCUCUCCUACGUGAGCAGCCAGGGGAUUAACACGACGCCGCAAUGGGACAAUGGCAAACGGACAAUGGAACACGCGCAGCAGCACAAUCCAAGCCACGGUGGUGCCCACCAAAGUAACAACAAAGUAAAAAACGCGAGAUUAAACGAUGGGAACAUAGGAUUGCAAUGGAAGAAAAACCACAAGGUCUUCGUGAAAAACACCCUCCUUAGUGACGACCACAAUUCGCGCAAGAACUGUGUCGUGGAGAGCACACUCGGACGUAGCAGCCCCAGCAGACAUAACAACAAUAAGAACAGAAACAAUGUUUUAAAGUUCGUCAUCCCGGUUGGCAGCCUCAAACGGGGGAGAAGCCUCACCGGAGGGAUUAACCCGAGUUACCGGGACACAAAUGAGGAAAAGGAAAAGAAAAAAAAAAAAAAUUGCAAACCGGGUGGGGAUAAGCAGAUCACCAUCUCCGCUGCAUCUAAGGCGCAUGAAGGGGGAAGAGGCAAUGACGGAAAUGGGCAGAUGGUGCAACCCGUUUAUGUGUCGCAGGAGGGAGGUGAAACGACCUGGGGAGGCUUAAACGACGCAAGAGGGGGAUCAAUCCAGUAUGUACUGUCUGGUAAGUCACGUCAAUCUGUCCAGUCUAGUCGGUUUGGCCAAUCGGACUGUGUACCCCCCUCCGCACGGAAACCCCCCAACAGAGGUUACUACGCAAAGAAGGGUAAUCUUACUUAUAGCGGCCUGCUAACAUCCAUGGUGUCGUCCAUCCUGACGCAGCAGAACGAGAGACAGUCCCAAGAAGGCAACUGCUUUAGCUACGCCUGCAGGGGAAGCGGGUAUAAUUAUGCGUUAUUGAGGCCGAUGGAGGACGGAAUGGGUGGAGAAAAAAAACAGCAAGACGAAAACAAGGGCGAAAGUGAUUACCAAUUUUCGAGCAAAAUAAUCCAACAACUGAGGAGCAAAGCCACCAAUGAAGAUAUUUUGCAGCUAACCCUAAUCCUAAUGAUAUGCAUCUCAGUUCUUUGCAAUUACGACCACGGUGCAAUACCCGUUACGUUGGAAGAAAUUCAGAAAGACUUCCCACUGAGUUACAUUGAGCAGUCCCUACUGGGAAGUCUAGUAUAUUUCGGUUUAAUCAUCGGGACGAUAAUAGCAAGUGUCCUUUUUGAGCUGCUCACGGCAAAGUUGCUAAUCACCAUAAGUACCCUCUUGCUGUCCAUGUCGCUAUACAUAUUCAGUCACGCUAACUGCGUCACCUUUAUGUACAUCUCGAGGUUCAUAAAUGGAUUGUGCCAAGCUAUCCCAGUUGUGUAUCUCCCCGUUUGGGUCGACGAAUUCUCACCACAUGAGAAAGCUACUCAAUGGAUGUCCUACAUACAGCUUGCUUCCAUAGGGGGGACUGUCUUUGGUUAUUUUUUGGGCGGUGUCCUUUCGAAUAGCUCAUACUCGUAUGGACGUAACAAUGCUCCGCCUUCGAAUGCUACCUUUGUCACCACGUGGAGGUCUCCCUUUUUGAUUCAGGCCUUUCUGCUCCUCCCGCUGUUUCUGAUUAUGCUUUUUAUUCCCUCUGAUAUGAUUAACAUCAGCUCGGGGGGGAGUGUUCCUAGCGAGGGCGACGAGGAGGAGCUCUCCGACGGGGAGAUGCACGGACGGGGCGGCAACGGAGAAGGGUAUGUAACCAACGAAGGGCACAUCGACGACACUCACGAAGAACAGUCUGGCCAAGCGAAGGGACAUCCGCUGAUCCCAGAACCCACUACCUACACACUUGACAGAAGCAAGUCGAGAUCCACCAGCAGACUCUACUACGGAGCAUCGAGUAAUUCUCUUCGUAGAAAUUUCAACCGGUCGGCAACCUACAUCAUGGAGAAAAAAACAAACAUCCUCAGAAAAACAUUAAAAGAAGUCAAAAAAUUGCUCAACAACAAACUAUACAUUAUCAUAACGUUAGGAAUGAGUAACCUGUACUUUGUAGUCACAGGAAUACAAUUUUGGAUAACCGAGUAUAUGUCUGUUGUCUUGUUAACAGAGAAAAUGAAGAUCGUCACGGUGUCUACUUUAUGUUUCCUCACUUCUCCAACAUCAGGGGUUUGGUUCGGAGGGUUCGUGUGUGAUUUGUUUGGGGGAUACAAGAAUACGAAUUAUUCCAGAACGAUUAAGGUGGCAACUGCCUUUGCCAUUUCUGCUUGCAUCUUCGGGAUUCUCUCUGCUCACCUGAACAAUUUUGUUUUUUUCUCCAUUUCGCUGUGGCUGUGCCUGUUCACGGGCUCCGCGCUGGUCCCCGUCGCCGUCGGAAUGCUCCUCUCCUGCGUGAACAACCACCAGAAGAGUCUGUCCUCGGCUGUUUCGCAAGUCAUAUACAACGUCUUCGGCUGGUUCUCCGCCCCCUUGCUCUCCGGGAUAAUUAUGGACAUUAUGCACAAAUACACGAACGACAACCGGCUUGCUCUGAAAGCUGGAUUCACCAUGAUUUUGUACUCCAGUUUCAUAGGAUUCCUGCUGCUGUUCUACGCGAAUUUUUUGGACUUCUCCGAUCGGAAAGAUAACGACGAAACACUAGAGCUGGAAGAGCCGCUAGCCUAG